AUGAGGACCUGGGAAAUUGACGCCGAAAAUGACCACUCCUGCAGCCGAUUAUGUAUGCUUUGCAACCGCCAAGCAUUGUUUAGUUUACUUGCUCGGGGAUAUGGCGGCGAAAUCACCGGAAGGUACUUCAGCGGAAGUGCAGUCAUUGAUGUGAACAAUACCAGUCAAUGGCUUUGGGAAGGACGGGAAGCCCCCCCCCACCCCCAUCGUCGCCAUGUAUACUUCUGCAUACCCUGUUGCGCAGACCCUGCCGAGUGGGGAGACCAUCCGGGAGAACCAGCAAUCCCAGACAUCGCCUACAGUGUUGACGAUGGUCUAGCCCCUGGACCACGUACAACGCCGCUAACCUGGUCAUCUACAACCUCCAGUCCCAUAGGAAGACUGGUACCAAAACUUUCCUGAUCGCAACCUAA